AAUAUAAUUCAGAAAACUAAUUCUGAGACAAAAGCACCCAAGAGCGCGCAAUUCUUGCGACGGAGACCCGCCCGUGCCAGUACAUCGCGACCCAAAUCUACCGUGACCCACUCGAGGGUGACCCGGUCCAGACCUUCAACGCAGCACAAGGGGUUAUCGGUUGUUAUCCCUGUUAAGCCGGACCUUAAUACUAAGGAGAAAAAACAAGGUGAGAAGAGAACGGAUAAGCGCGUUAGGGUGGAGAUUGCGAAUGAAUCACCAUUGAGCGCCAUUGAUAUCGCUAGCCAGGCAUUGCACCUGGGGGGAGCUGGGGAAUGGAAUGAUGUGGACAAUGAGCUUCAAGAUGAGCAAGAGGGUGAACAGUUGAACGAGAGGCAAACUGCGGCAAAGGACGUUCUUCCACCCGACCAUUCCCUGCCGAACGACAUCCGAGUUAGCCAAGCACGUGCGGCAUACGAAGCCGGCCAGUAUCCAACCCUCAAGGCCGCCGCUGCCGCAUGGGGAAUCUCGCAGACUAUUCUCAAGCAUCGGACGAAGGGGCCACGGCCACCACGGCGGGAGGCUGCGCAUCCCCUCCAGAAGCUGGAUGCAAUAGAUGAGGACUCGAUCAGCAAAGAGGCCCUGCGACGGGUGGAAGAGGACGACCGUCGACCGACCAAUGUGCUGCUCUGGGAGGUUGCGAAUGACCUAUACAGGGAGAAAUGUGUUCAUUUGGGCAUGGAAUUUCAGCCUAUUGGAAGCCAAUGGCCUCAGCGCUUCUUGGUCCGUCACCCGGAUUUUCGCAAGACCUGGUCGCAGGUGAUAGAAGCUAGAAAGCCUCCGCCGCGUGCUCCCCGCCCCAGUGUUUCUUCUGGCCCACAGCCGUGGCAAUUUGCGAAGGACGCCAGCUCAAUUAUGGACGAUGACUUUUCGAAGUUCGAUAUCCCAAAUACUGAGGCUGAGUGUGCUACGUACUUUCGACAGAUUCGAAGCGGACCACCUGCCACUGCUGUUCGGAUUCAGAGAUUCCUCACGCAUCUAUUAGUGGAACAGGCGAAGAGUGUCAAUAUGCUUAGCCGUGUGAGAAAGGCUCUGGAGGAACCAGAGGAGCCUAAUGAAACGGCACCCCAGGUGGCUACAAGAGGGCCUCAAAGGGAAUCGGAACGUACCCAGGGCUUCGCUGCGCCGGCGGCACCGGAGAAUCAGCAACACCCGACCACUACAGCUGCAUCUUCUCAGCCACCUCAACCAUCAUCCCAGCUACCAACCGAUGACAUACCACAAUGGCAGGAACCGCAGGUGCCCCUAAAUACCGAAAAUCCACCACCCAAGGCCAGCAUACACUUUGAAGAACGUGAAGCUAUGGCGCGCCAGGCAUCCAGCGCAUCUUUACCACCUCCUACUAAGGGCUUAGCUCAACCGCAGCCAUCACAGGACGCCUUGAACACCACAAAUUCCACACCUAUCCUUAGUAAUGCCUCUUCAAACUAUACAUCUACGCCUUCUCGUCCGUCCAUCACAACUUUUCAGCAGUUCUCUAGGAAUCACAUGUCGCAACAAUCGCAACCAUCGCAACCAUCGCAACCUCCUGACCAGCAAGAAGCUCAUGAGCUGCAGCAACCCCAGGGUACUUCUGAUCCCACGUCUGUAAUCGGUAACGCCUCAACCAAUACAGGGACGCCGUUGCAACCGUCUAUGGAGUCAUUCCAGUCGUCUUCGGCGCAAGACCCGUCACUCCCCUUGCAUGCUUUGCAUUCUCCACAAGGUCAGGAAGCUCAGCGGGAUGAAGCCACUGCAGAUUCCAAUCCUAUACUCAAUACCACCUCCCCAGCCCAUCCCUCUGAGACCUCCCAGUCAGUCCUGUCAUCAUUUCAGCCUUCAACUACCUCCAUGCCUCAGUUGCUACAUCAUCCGGAGCCCCAGCAGGCUCAGGAACCCAAGAACUCUGAGGAUGCGGCCCCGUCCUUGUCUUUGAUCAGCAAUACCCCCUCUAGUCAUGCACCUGCAUCACUUGAAACAUUAAUGUCGUCAUUCCAAGCAUACCCGACAACCCAUGUUCGGCAAUCCCCUCAAUCGCGAGAGGCUCAGGGGCCUCAAAAACCUCGAAAAUCUCAAAACCCCGCUCAGCCUCGAAAGCCCCAGCAACCUCGUGCUCGAAAUCCUCAACAGCCCAAGCCCCAACCACGCCAGCAAUCACAGCAGCCAUAUUAUCCGCAGCCACAACCACAGCAGUCGCAGCUACAGCACCAACAGCAGCAAUCACAGCAGCUACCGCAACCCGUUCAACCGCCUCAGUCACCCCAAGGUCCCAGCCGGUCAUCUAAUCAUAUGGCAAGCAGCAUGGCUCCAUUCAGUGGGUGGGGAAGUGGAGCUCUGAGUGUGACUAGUUCCAGCCCGUACCACUCAGGUAACUUUGCAACAAGUUAUGGCAGCAGUCAAUCUACCCGUCCGCAGUAUUACCCGAACGAAUACCUCCUCCGCACCGCCGUGGAUCAGUCGUCGAAGCGCCGGCGUAUAGAUGACCCGAUCCAUUCGAUCAAUCACACGGGGUUCCAGUAAAUAGUACAUAUUACAGGCUUAUAAUAUUACACGAUCUUGUAUGACUUUGCUUCUAAUUUUAAGUCAAGAUUCGUUAGUAUAGCAAUCGUAGUAAUU